UACAAAGAAGCUGCUUACCACUGCUCGUCAGCAGUGUUCGAUCGUAACUCAAGCCGAUGCAGCUUGUACUCUACCACAUUUGCGGUGGACUUCCUUGUCCCUGACAGCAUGACUAUUUAUUACGAAAAAAACUGCUUUCCAGGUCAGUAUUUUUCUUUUCCAAUGCCAUUCUUUUUUCUUUACACCCUAGCUGCAACCACCCAACCAUUAGAGCAGGAAGGAAAAGUUUGGAAAGAGGGAUGGUUGGCACAACUGGCUGAACUGUGCGGCGGAGCACUGCUGGAUCGGCAACCUCAGCGUGUACUACUCGGUCCCCAUCAUGCAAUUUUGACGGCUGUUACGCCGGCCGAAUGUUUGUUGAGGUGCUUUUGGUCAGUGCUAGAUGGCCGAUCGUUCCAGUGUCGCUCACUAAUGUACUUCUAUGAGGAAAAACAGAACAACUGUGUCUUGAAUAACGGGUCACGGGCGGAUCAUCCAGAAAGUUUGGCAGUGGAGCUAACGUCGAUAGUGGAUUAUUUCGGCUUGGACGCCUGCCUCGACAUUUCACGUUUUGGUAUCCGGCAGCCGAUCAAUAGAACUGUUCCCGACCGGAAGCGGCCGUUUAAAACAAACAAAAAGAUAACAGAUCUUUUCAAAACGUAA